AGAAAAAGAAAAAAAAAAGCUGCUUUUUCCGCUUGUUUCUUUUCUUUAGACUUUUUCACUUUUAUCUUCCAUCUCCACUCCAGUCGGCCACCCAUUGGAACAAUUCCUUGACUCCUUCCUGGCAACUACCUACCUUCUGACUUCUCUUUUGCAGCCUCUACAACCCUUCUAUCUUACUCGAUUUCCAGUUCAAUUGGCUAUCUUUACAGGUAAGUUUUCAACUUCUGAUUCCCCUUUGAAUAAGUGAAGAGAAAAAAAGAUCUUGCCUUUUUUGUAAAGUUUUGGUUUUUGAAUCAUGGGUUCUGAUUCGGCUUUGAGUUCCACAAAGCUUGCACAGAUACCUACCCAAGAAGGAGAAUCACAUACUCCUUCCACUGCUCUUCUCUCUUUUAGCACUGAUUCAUCUGAUCCCUCGAAUCGUUCUCAGAAACACACCACCACCAUCUUCAUCUCCCUCCUCCUCAUCACCUGCAUUGCUCUCUCUGCUGCCUCUGCUUUUGCUUUCCUCUUCUUCUCUUCUGCUUCAUCUUCUUCUUCGCCUGCGCCGCCCCAGACAUCGUCUUCUCUCCAAACGACUUCCCGUCCGUUAACCAAGCUCAAUCACCCUGUGGUCAUCUUGAUUUCUUCCGAUGGGUUCCGGUUCGGCUACCAAUUCAAGACACCAACGCCCAACAUUCACCGUUUGAUCGCCAACGGGACUGAGGCCGAGACGGGUUUGAUUCCAGUAUUUCCUACUCUUACUUUCCCUAAUCAUUACUCUAUUGUUACUGGGCUUUACCCUGCUUAUCAUGGCAUUAUCAACAACCAUUUUGUUGAUCCAAUCACCGGUGAAGUCUUUACUAUGAGGAGCCACGAACCCAAGUGGUGGCUUGGUGAGCCGGUCUGGGAGACUGUAGCCAAUCAGGGGUUAAGGGCUGCUACCUAUUUUUGGCCUGGGUCUGAAGUGCAUAAAGGUUCUUGGAAUUGCCCUGAUGGGUUUUGUAUGUUCUACAAUGGUUCGGUUCCAUUUGAAGAACGGGUUGAUAAGAUCUUGAGCUAUUUUGAUUUGCCUAGCGCUGAAAUUCCUGUGUUUAUGACGCUGUAUUUUGAGGAUCCUGAUCAUCAGGGCCAUCAGGUAGGGCCUGAUGAUCCAGCUAUAACUGAAGCUGUCGCUGGAAUUGAUAAGAUGAUUGGGAGGUUGAUUAAUGGGCUAGAAAAGAGAGGAGUUUUCGAGGAUGUUCAUAUUAUUAUGGUGGGGGAUCAUGGCAUGGUUGGUACAUGUGAUAAGAAGUUGAUAUUUCUGGAUGAUUUAGCCCCGUGGAUCGAAAUUCCAGCUGAAUGGGUACAGUCCUACACUCCACUGCUGGCAGUUCGCCCCCCUCCAGGUGUGGCGCCAGGGAGCGUUGUUGGGAAGAUAAACGAAGCAUUGCAGUCGGGAAAAGUUCAAAAUGGAAAGCAUUUGAAAGUGUAUCUUAAGGAGGAGCUCCCUAGCAGGCUUCAGUAUUCGGCAAGUGACAGAAUUCCACCAAUAAUAGGGCUGCUUGAAGAGGGUUUCAAGGUGGAACAGAAGAGAACACAACAUCAAGAAUGUGGCGGAGAACAUGGUUAUGACAAUGCAGUUUUCUCAAUGAGGACUAUCUUCAUUGGUCAUGGUCCGCAAUUUGCAAAGGGGCGAAAGGUGCCAUCUUUUGAGAAUGUUCAGAUAUACAACUUGGUAACUUCAAUUCUCAAGAUUCAGGGGGCUCCCAAUAAUGGGUCUCUAUCAUUCCCAGGAUCUGUUCUUUUGGCUACUUCUUAGUAGUUAGUGAGUGUCUUCUAACCAGUUCUUAAGUUGUCUCAUCUUCUCAAUUGAAAUGCAAUUGGGCUGGGAUCCUGAGCUUAGGUCGCACAUUUUAUCUGUUAUGAGCUGCAGAUAUAUGACUGGGACCUUGUGUGUAAAAAUUAUUGAAUUAUUCACGAAUCUAUGUGCAAAUAUUUAAGUUAAUGGUUGUUAAGCUCAUCUCAUAUGAGCAGGAACUCUUCAUUACCCUUUUGUAAUACAUAUAUUGGAUGCCUAGCUAGGACCAGGAGAUGCUUUAUUUUCAAAUGAACCUAACUUUGGC